GCCACUUCCGGUUUUACACGGCACGGUAGACUCGAAGAUGGAAAGGCGAGACUGCAGCGAAAUGUGUGUGUAGUGGAUGGUUCGGUGUAAUCAUGUCGGCCCGUCCUCGAGUCCUGAUCUCCCGAUCAGCCCCUCCAGCGGGCACAGACCCCAUUAAGGCUGUAUGUGACGUAUGGGUCUGGCCAGAGGAGGAUCCAAUCCCAGCGGAGGAGUUUAAGAAGCGAGCAGCGGGGGUAACCGCCAUUUUCUGCCAUCCUCCGGACGAAAUCAACAAGGACUUGCUUGAUGCCGCCGGCCCGAGUCUGAAGGUGGUUGGAACUAUGUCCGUGGGACUUGAGCAUAUUGACCUUGCUGAGUGUCGACGUCGUGGCAUCAAGGUUGGACAUACUCCUAAUGUACUGAACGAAGCUGUGGCUGAGUUAACGAUAGCUCUCCUCCUGUCAGCGGCUCGUAGACUAAAGGAAGGAUACGCCUGCCAGAAUGGAGAAGAAACCUGGGAAAACGCCUUGUAUCUCUGUGGAUAUGAGGUUAGUGGAUCCACCAUUGGCAUUGUGGGAUUGGGACGUAUCGGUAUGGCGGUUGCUACGCGACUCAAAUCCUUUAAUGUUGCCAAGUUCCUGUACUCUGGAAAUAGUCAGAAAUCUUACGCAGAAGAAGUAAACGCCGAAUUUGUUUCGUUCGACGAACUUCUGGAAUGCUCUGAUUUUAUUAUCGCAUGCUGUUCUAUCAAUGCCUACAAUCGAGGCCUUUUCGACAAAGCUGCAUUCAAGAAGAUGAAGAAGUCAGCCAUAUUUAUCAACGUUUCGCGAGGAGUGUUGGUCAAUCAUGAUGACCUUAUUGAGGCCUUGUCCAGCGGUGAGAUAUAUGGUGCCGGACUUGACGUCACCGAGCCGGAACCACUUCCACCAGACAGCCCAUUAUAUUCCCUAAAGAACUGUCUAGUGACACCUCACCUCGGUAGUGCAAGUUUGAAGUCAAGAAACGGAAUGGCAAGUCUCACAGCCAGAAACAUUUUGGCUGGAAUCAGAGACGAGGAUCUCCCGUCUGCGGCCACAUAUUGAUUAUGUUUAAUGUUUGUUUAAAAACUAUACAUUUAACUAGGUGACAAUUUAUUAAAACGAAAAAAAAAACAAAAAAAACAAAAAAAAACAACAACAACAAAAAACAAAAAGUAAAAUAAUAUAUCAAAGACUGGUAGUCAUAAAAGAUUAUACGUACAUAUAUCUAUCGACACUCAUUAUCGAUGGCGGGACAAAAUGUCUGGUCUUCAACGAAAGUUCUAUAAAAUGAAGUUAUCGUCAGCUUAUUUGUCAAAGGUCCAUGUAAAUCCAAAGAGUUGGUCAUGCAAUCUGUCUGGUCAAAGUAAUCAUUAUCUAUGUAAAGAAUUUUUUGUUAUUGAUUUCUAUGUUUGUAUGGACAUUAUUCUGAUUAUAAUAUAUAUUAUAAUAAUGACGUCAUAAUAAAAACGCUUAAAGUGUUACCUGAA